AUGGAGCUGAACACGCGACUUGCGAACAGCCUUCAACUUUUAAGGUGCUUCUGGCUUUCCAAGCUGCAUCUUCCAAGGGGUGUCGUUCCUAGCCUGGAGGAGGAAGAGGUUAGCGAGAGAGAUCUACGGCUUACUCUGCUCAAUGAUGUGGCCACUCUACUGUGCACCGGCGAGAACGGCCGUUCAUUGGCCGUCACGAUGGAAAACACGGAGGAUGGACUUCGGUUAACCCUUGCAACCGCUGCCUAUCCCCUGGAUAGUGAACGUGAAGCCGCCGAUAAACUCUUUCGAUUAUUGCAAGAUGAAAAGACCAACAUGGAGAGUCUUUUUAAUACCGCCGUAUGCAGCGGCAUGGAGCGGGUGAAGAGAUUUAUUGAAGAGGUAAAGAAGAAUCUUGAAUUGUUCCCGUUAAUGUCCCUCAUAGAUGAGGUCAAACCGUGGCGGAGAUGCGAGGAGGAGAUACCAAUGGUUAGUCGGGCGCGGGAGCUAUGCGGAGCGGAGAUAUCUUUGCCCCCGGCAGACCUUCUGAAGCGACUCUUCAUCGCACUCCGCGAACAAAUAAAUUCCCUGGUCGGUAUAAUCACGCCAGAGACCAUCAGGGAUACAAUAAUGUUGGCUCAAGUAUACCGCGUUUCUUGCCUCUGCGACAUCGUGGGGCGUUCGAGGUUCUUCCGCCGCGUCACUAGAUUAAAUCACUUCGAGCCCUUCAGCCAUCAUGCCGCCAGCCUCAUGUCCGCACUGCUGGUUCUCGGGAGAUACUCUGGUGCCGCCACGCGACUGUCGAAAAGGGUUCGCAACAUCAGACAGCCCAUCAGCUAUGUAUGGGACACAGCGAUUGCUGCCCCUCCAGCGCCCAAGGAGCUGGUCCUCCACCCUACGGCUUACGAAGCUUUGAGGGCGGGUGAUUAUGUAGAAGCCACCUCGGGCGAGGAACGAGACGCAGACGAAGCUAUGGUAGAGUCAGAAUUCAAGGACGCGUCGUGGGAGAACCGAGUCACGGUCUUCCUCCACCCCGAGCUGCGACUCAUACUCCUCGCCAAGGAUACCACCGAGCGCAUCUUAGGUAUCAGCGACGAUCUCUGCUUUUCCUGCAAGCGGUGGAUCGAAUAUUACAAUGAAUCCACCGAGCGGAAGUGGAUCGUCCGCCCGGGACUUGACGUACCGGACCCUACUUGGAUGUAUCCCCAGCAGCAUCCAUUGGAGCAGCAGAUUGAGCCACUUGUUUCCGAGUGGACCGACACACUGGUCCAUUUCCGUCUUGGUGGUCUAACGUUCCGCCGCGCAUUGCUCUUAUGGUAG